UUGCGCGGGAAAGCACGUUGUUCGAUGCGCGCAACUUUUCCGAAAUUUUCGCCGGCACUAUUUCGAAAUAUGAAAUGUUGAUUUGAAUUUGGAAUUUGUGCAUAUUUAUUUUCAAUUUGUUUUUCGUGUUCGGAACACGUGUUGUAAUGUGGCUGCGUGUGCGACUGUUGCAUUCUGUGUGUGCCGGGAUCAUCAUAUUGUGCAGUAGGGAUUUCUAAGGACCCGAGAAACGGUACAUAAUGUUGAAGUGGGCUGUACAUGGCAAAAAAAAUCAGGAGGUCAGAAACAAUAACGAAAUUGAAAUAGAUCCUGUACCUUUUUCAAAUGGACCCAGUACUAACAAUAUCAGAAGAUCUUUUGAUGCACAAUCCGUCAAAAAAAGUAAAAAACCAAGCAGAUAUCAAAGACGAUCACUAGGUUCGACUGCUAUUAAGAAAAAUAAUAUUAAAACAGUUGACAAAGAGAAUGUAAAUUAUAUUGGUAAUACACCAAAUUAUUUUAAAGAAGGUUUUAUUAAGAAGGCCGAGAGCAUAGCGCUUAAAGACGUUAGUAACAUUACACCUACUUCUGGUACUCCUGUAAAGAAUUUCGAAAGAAGGCGAUAUUACUUAAAUGGUUCAAAAGAUGACAUACCACCAGAUUUACCUCCAACGCCACCAACUUACAGCAGAAGGGUAAGAGAAGCUAAGAAAAGAAAAUUAGAAAUGACUAGCACAAAUUCUGAAGCAUUUAGGAGAGACAAUUGCAUCUAUAAAUCUGAAAGAAGAAUAAAACCAAUCGACAGAGUCAAUUUCAGUUCUCCUAAAUUAAGUCAUAGUACUUCAGAACCAUCAUUAAAUGAUCUUUCUGAUAGAUUAAGCGCCUCAACUAAUAGCAGUAGAAGAUCUUUUCUUAUAGGAAAACAUAUAAAUAAUAAUAUAAUAAGUACAACUAAACCUCCUAAUGAGGGAUUAGUAGAAAUAGAAUAUGACAAAGAUUUAGUUAUUAAUUGUAUAGAAAAACCAAUAUCCACUGAAAAUCAUGCUAUAGAAAAAACAACUUUACCUAUUUUUGGGCACAAUAUAUUUAUGGAUAAUCCAUUAUAUUUGAAUAAAAAUGACGUAUUAACAAAUAUUAGUAAUAUUAGACCCUUAAAACGAACUAGAAAGAAAUCGAAUGAAUUUGAAAGUUCAUUCAAAUCUCCAUCAGUAGAUAAGAAAGACGCACAUGUUUUACUAAGAGAAGGUUGUUCACCUGUUACUAUUACUCCACUAUCGGUUAAGUUAGCUGCUCUAAGAUUUAGCACCAUGAGUACUCACAGCAAAUCACAAAGACCACUAUUUUCAAACGAGGUGACUGAAUAUUUUCCAAAAGUUGAACAUCCUUUUGCGAUUCCUAUAAAAGAUGAAGAAUGUUCCACAGAAAUGGAAAACAAAUUCAUUUUAGGUAAAGAUUCGUUAACGAAUAGUACAGAGUCAACAGUAUCAACCACACAAAUGGGAGAUGUAACUCUUGAAAAAAUGAUAGAAGAUAUAAUAAAGAGUACAAAAAUUGUUAAAACUAGAAGACGGAUUUUACACCAAAUUCCUGAUAAUCUAGCUGUUGAAGAAGAAAUUCCGCCACUAGAUGCAGUUAGAGAUUUAUUUGUUAAUCCGCAGGCAGAUAAUAAAUCUAAUUUAAUCAAAGAAGCUAAAUAUGUAAAUCUAUCAAGAGAAAAUUCUGUAUCACCCAAAAAUACUCCAACAAAAAAGAUAACAAAAAUGCCAAUACAUAGAGUUAACGACAAAUUGUUAAAAAAUUUACCUAUUGGUUGUUUUAUUCUUGAUGAUGGAGAUGGAUAUAAUGAAAGAGAAGUCAGAACACCAGAGGAUGUAAUAGUAGACGUAAGUGCAUCAAAAAAGGAAUCCACUAAUCAAGUAAAUAUAUUACUCAAUAGAUCACAUUCCAUGAACUCUUCUUUAUUUGACAAAAGUAAUUUAAAGUCUAAUUUAUCUGAAUCUACACCAGAUUUAUAUAGUGUUACUAAGAAAAAUUCAAAUAUUAGAUUGCGAAGACAAAGAUGUAUUCGUAGAAAGAAAUCUACUGUAAGCAACGAAAGUCAAUGGAAAAGGGAUAGUGAAUUAAAAUCUUCCUCAUAUCUUACCUUAGAAAUGGGUAUCCCCAGUCCAGUAGCAGAACUUCAAAAUGUAUCAUUAUGUCAACCUCUCAGUACAUCCCAUGACUGUAUUGUUAAACCAUCUUACAGCAUAGACCACAUCUCAAAUGAUAUAUUAGUUCGAUCCAAUGUAUCUCAUAGUAGUUUAAAAUCUCAAGAACCUGAUCAAAGUAAUAGAAGAUCCAGAGAACUCUUUGGGUUAACUUUAGAAAAUGGUGUACCAAGUCCAAUCACGCCUGUAGCUGGCUUAAAAAGAACAAGUAACGUUUUAAGUGAAGAAAGAGCGCAUAAAACAAGUAAACUAGAUGAAGAUCUGUGUCCUUCUGAGGCGUUUACUCCAGUCAUAGAGCACAAAUCAUCAAGGAGAUGUUUGACGUAUUCUCCUGAAGAAUAUAGUAUAAAUAGCAGUGAAGAAAAACGAAGAAGCGUCACAAGCAAUCGAUUAGAACGAAGCAGCGAUCGCUCUCAAUUAUUAAAAGGAACAAUAGACAUAGAAAUAAUAACAAAAAACGACGUUAUAGACGUGCACGUUAUCCGAUGCCGAGAUCUUCAGAGGUCCUCUGGGAAAACCGAUGAAAUUAAUGCUUAUGCGAAGGUUGUCAUCAGCGGUAUGACUGAAAGCCAAGCGCUAUCAUCCCAAAGAUCUAUUUUCCAAAGAACUUCAGUUCUUUACGGAAAACGAGAGCCUGAGUUUCAGAGACACCUCAAGUUACCAUUACCUACAGCUGUCUAUGAUAACCAAAUGUUACAUAUCUCGGUUUGGCAUCGAGAUAAAAAGUAUCGUCGGAGCGAGUUUCUAGGAUGUGUCUCGUUCCCGCUGAAAGAUGCACUUAACAGCGACAUCAGUGGCACGUACUUCCUGCAAGGUACCGGCCGGCAAGGUGCGCCGGCGCACACGAAUGACAGGGGCAGAGACGACCGCGUGACUGAAGGGCAACGCAAAAUGGCUACUGAUAACAUAGAAAGCACCAACGAUGGCACCAAGGAGAAUCACAACGACAAAAGUAUGGCCACAAAUGGUCCAUCAUCAGCCAAUGCCACGAAUCAAACUCAAACGGUAGCUGCGGCACUACAACGGGAGGCUGAUGAACAUCUGUUCCUCCGGUAUCUGGAACUGGACCCACCUGAAGACCCAGCGGCACCCCGGAGAGCACAAAGAAAUGGCCGCACUCCUUUCACUACCACCAGAAAACUGGUCCGAGGAUCCGGGGGUGGCUUCGGCUUCACUGUUGUCUGGACCCGACCUCCAAGAGUUGAAAGGGUCGCAGCUGGCGGUUCAGCUGAACGUGCGGGACUGAGAGCUGGGGAUUACAUUGUUUUUGUUGGUACUAAAAAUGUGGUGACAGCUACUGAGGAAGACGUGAGGAAUCUUGUUAAAUCUGCUGGCCAAUUGCUCACAAUAGAGACGUUCAGAAGAGUUCCUCAGAACGGUGCAGGUGUACGAGCGAGAUUAGCACAAGUGACCAUCCCUCCUCCCGAGUCUACACCACCACCGCCACCACGAUCACCCCGUGCUGCCGCCUUAGCAUCGCCAGCAACGGCUGCUCGACCCCCGACAGCUUGUUCCUCUACUAGCCAGUCUCUUGACCGACGCAAACUGCACUUACCCCAAGUCACCUUUUCCAAAGAGGACUUCCACCAACAGACACCAGGGCUGUCGACGGACGGCAGAAGGCGGGCACUUCUAGCCGUCAUAGCGAGGGAACAACACUACGCCACCUGUUUGCAAUUUGGCCUGGUGCGAUUCGUCUCCCCGUUGGCUGAAAGAGCUGACCUGAUAGCUCCUAGUGAUCAUCAACUUCUGUUUCAAAAUAUUGAAGAGAUCUUCAGAUUAUCAGAAGAUGUUUUAGACCAAAUCGUUCAAUACGACGGCGAAAUUCAGUCAUCGACUGUGGUUGCGGUGUAUCUUCAGAAGACCCCUGUGUUCCUUAGCCUUUAUAAGAAAUAUUGUCUAGGAUUGAAAAGAGCUGACUGCGUUUUGGUAAAGAAAUCAAAGGACCCAAGCGGUGCAUUCUCUCGGUUCUGCACGAGCCCACCCAUACCCCGAAGAAGGCCUGACAUCACGUCUCUAGUACAUAAACCCUUAGAACAGUUCCGGGAGUUGUUGAGGUUGAUGAGAUCGGCCGCAGCGGCAGGCGGAGCGGGGCCUUAUGAUCAGUUAGAAAAGAAACAGCUACAAGUUAUUGUUGAGCAGUUACAGAGUGGUUAUCAAGACGUAACUGCUGGUUCAGGUUUGAUGGGUUUAGCUGGUGACGGUAAACCGUUGCUUUCUGUCGCUGAUCUUGAGAGUCGACUAGUGUUCACUAGGUGUAAGCCGUUCGUCCUAAGCACGGCUGGUCGACAAUGGAUUUUUGGAGGCGAGUUGUCGAGAGUUGAGGGCCGAGCAGUGAGGCCGUACUGGGCGCUACUAUUUAGUGAUCUUUUACUCUUCGCCACCGUGUCCAGAGACAGAGUACUGUUCGUCACAGAAGAGCCUGUCGCAUUAGCAACCGUAUCUGAAGCACAAUUCAAUGUUAGAAAAAAAGCAACGGAAUUCCGCUUAAUACUUGGGCGUGCGGGAGGUGAGAGUCCACUAGUGUCGUGUGCUCCUCGGACACCUGGACGAACACGCACCGUCAUCCUACGAGCGCCUUCGAUAGACCUAAAAGCAGUGUGGCAGAGUUUACUUCAAAGACAAAUAUAUCGAGCUCAUACGAUGACAGGAACACCGCUCGGGUCACCGCUAGACUCACCGGACCCACAGCUCACCUUCUCCCUAGCGACCCUCGACUCACAGCAACGCCAGACGAGACGUAGCUCAGCGGAAACUCAGACUGGUGCAGGAGGCAGUGCGACUGAAGGUGCUAGAAGUACUAGAAGUAGAGGCUCCACGCUACAUCUGCAAAGAUGGAUGACCCAGUUACCUGAAGCUGAGGAAAUGGACCCCCCAGAACCUGAUAUGGAGAUGUGGAGCGUAGAAGAAUUAAGGAAAAGGUCCAAAGAACUGAAUCUUUUAGAAGUUGCUGACCUCGUAACGAACAAUAAUGAAAAUAAAGGCCCAGCAGGGGGUGAAAAAAAAGAAAAUGAACGUAGUCCGUCGAAAAGUAGUAAUUCAGGAAGUCAGAUAACAGUAAGAACCAGUCCAGUAGUGGUAGACACUAUACCGGUUUGCAGACAGUGCCACAAAAAGUGCUUAUCUAAACCCAACAGUCCUUUAGUGUCACAAAAAGAUCCACUUUUGCCAACGAAACAAAAAACAACACCCUCGCCACAAAAUUCUAACUCAAACAAAAGUUCUAACAGUGCGUGUAGUUCGAACUGUGGUAAUCGUAAGCCAAGAAACUUUAGUCAUUUAGAGCGUAAAGGUGCUAUGAAAUUACGUCCUGAGGAUGCCCCUACGGCAGCCUUAAAAGUGAUAGACUCUAUUGAGCAAAGCCAAAAAAUGUUGAAAUCAACAUCAUAUGAUUUAAAAACAGAUUCUCCAAUUUUAAAUAGGUCUACGACCAGCGUCCAUUCUAAAAAUAAAACAAAAAGUCAAUUGGAAUUAAGGAAAGAGUCUUACAGAUCACCGAGUCCAUCUUCUAGUAGUAGAAAUAAUAGUCCUCUUUCUACUAGUCAUACUACUUGUAGCUCAAUGGUUUUUAAUUCUAGUUCUAAUGAUUUAAGAAUGUCGAAUUCUAAUAUUGCUAAUCAAGUGCAAUGUGUUAUAGCACAAGAAAAAAUCUUGAAUGAAGUUAAGUGUGUAGAGAGUAUAACAUUGUCUAAGCAUAGAGUAUCAUCUACAAAUUAUCCAUCACCGGCGUCUGUAAGAAAAGAACAAAUAACUAGAAAAAAGGCAGAGAAUGUGCUUAAUAAAGUAUUAGGAAUGAAUAUUAUUACAAAAAGAGAAAAUCUUGGCACAUGUCUUAAAACAUCGUCAGUUUUUUUGUCAGAUGACUCAAUACAUGAGGAUGACAACGAUUUCAAAAUAGAAAGAGGUAUAAGAAGAUCUCCAAAAAUGGGUAUAUCAGCUGUUAGUAAAAUGAAUGGAGAUAUAAAUAGGAAGACUGAAAAAAUUGAAGAUGUAAAUGCUAACACAAAUGUGAAUGAUAUAGGAUCAGAUGAUGAUUUAGAAUUAGGACCGCUAAUGCUGAUGGGCUUAUCGGCCAUUAAUCCAGCAGCCCAUCUUAUGCGAGUUGAACCAUUCAAGAGAUCAUCAUUAGCGAGUGCAAAUAAUGUGUCAAGACCAGGAAGUCUUGGUUCUGCUAAGUCGGAAUCUCCUGUCCCUAAUAUAGCCGUUGUACCUCCAACGCCAGAUUAUAGUACCACAAACAAUAAGACUGAUACCUUCAUAGACGAUUCACCUGAUUCCCCAGAUGUACCAGAUGACCUUCCUUAUGUAUCUCUCAAAAGGUAUGGCACGAUGUCGAGCCUCGAGAGGCUACCUUCUGAUGAGACUGACGAUGGUAAUGUAAGACUGACCACACAAGAACCGGAAACAUCAAAAGCUUAUAACCCAGUAUCUGGAGCAGCUGGUGGAAUCAUGGGAUGGACAGCACGAGCAGGAUCAUUCGUUGUUGAGAAAAUGAACAUAUUCAGUUACACAGAAAGUGUGCCUAACUCUUCCAUAGCACACAAGCAACCGUCCUUCUUAGAAAGAUGUCUAGGCGUGAGUGACUGGAAAUCAGCUCUUGGAACUGAAGAGGGCACAGCAGAAACUGGGGAAGGAAGUGGCGCCAGUGGAGAAGAAGCUUGGGGAACUCCAUCCUCUGGAGACCUUUCUGACAAUCUUCCUGACUCUGAUCAUGGAACAUUAUCGUCACCAACAAAGUCGUCGUCAUCAUACGCUGGCGACGAUGAUACAGAGCUAAUGAUGGAUGAACUAUUAAUGGCGCCGACGAUAACUGGACCUACCACGUUGAGACCACUACUACCAAGGGACGUUUUCAGAAGAAGGCUAGAACCUCUUUUAGAAGAAGAAUGCUCAGACAGUGGAAGUGAAGACAACAAGCAAACACCUACUAACUCUGACGACCAGGGCAGCGCGCGUGGCCUCUAUGCUGACGACUGCUGCGACGCGCCGCACCGGCCGCCCUCUGCUUCAGAGCCAGAAGCAGGGGGCGAGGGUGCGGGCGCCGCUCAAACUGUUGGAGAGGAGCACGAUGGUGGCGCCGCGUCCGAGCUGAGUCCAGAACGGACACCCACCAACGAGGCGCCUUCGACGCCCUUACAAUCUGCUUCAAAAGAGUGUGUGGAGGUGCGUGCCGGUGCUGGUGCAGGUCGUCGGGGCUCAGCCAGCUCGGCCAGCACGCCCUCCACACUCGAGCGUACCACAAUCCACAAUCCCACGCACAAUCAAAUGUCUCUAGCUUCGGAGCCAGCAGCUCCCGAGGAAUCUUCACAACCAGAAGAGAAGCCGCCGACACCGGAGCGUCUCAGCCCUCGAGCAGAAAUGAGGCUAGCGCUAGAUCAGGGGAAGGACAUGCUAGUAGAUCAGGAGGCGUCUUGGGAUGGCGGGUCCGACCCCUGGUCGUUUCGCGCGGCGUGCCAGAGAUCGCUGCUGCGGCGGGUGGCGAGCGCCGACGCGGUGACUCUGUGCCGCGCGCACCCGCGCCGCACCGUCCCGCAUACUACUUCGCGCAAUUCUGUAUAUGCUUGGAAACUUCCAGAAAGCGAGAAACUUAUGGAGAUGGAGCAACUGGCACGAGCGGAAGUUCAGACGAUGCGUUCGCGGACGCGCUCUCUAUGCCAGAACGGGAAGAUAAUGGGUUUCCUACGUCGUCGCGCAUCAUCCGAUAGCCCCCGCCGCUCGCCGUUGUUCCCCGCUGUAUCGGUAGGUGCGGGGGGGACAGUAGGGGCGGGCGCGGGGGGCGCGGGCCGCCCGUUCUCACCGCGCCGCACGACCGAGAAACAAUUCGAGAAAAGAUUCUGGAAACAAGUAACUAGAAGACGUCAAUCUUGUGGCUCAAUAAGCCAAAUAUAAUGAGGAACCUAGUUUUACUAAAAAAUAAUCGUACGAAGUGUUCAUGCCUUUACUAAUUUCUAUAGAUGAAUUAAAUGAAAAGCUAAAAUUAGAGACUGUAACUAAAACUUACAUUCAACCUGUGUCUCGUUUACAUAGUUUUAAUUUAACUGCCAAUCUAGAUCAAUUAGAAAUGUUUUUUUUUAAAUAUAAACAAACACCAAUAACAAAUACAACUGAAAACUAUAUUUGUAAACAAAAAUGUGAUGUUUCAAAUCAACGAGACGGUUGCCAAAUAAUGCCAGAGGUAUUGCAAAGAAAUGCCAAAUAAUUUGACGAAAAGGGACCUGUCCAAUUUACUUCAUAUCGUAGUUAGAUAAAAUCAAUAUUGCUCGUAUCACAUUUGAUAGAAGUACGAUAUUAGAUGUAUUAACAGAUAGAACUCCAACUACUAAUAUUAGUGUACAUAAAUAUCAAAAGAGCGGUUUAAAGUUUCUCGAAGUAGCUGUACAGUAUAACAUAAAAUGCCUAUUAAUUAACUAGGUAGUAUAUUUAUUUUUACUGAAGCUUAAUAGAGUGUAAUCUUGACUGUGUACAAUAGUGACAAUGUUUUAGCAACUUGUUAAAUGCUAUUUAGGUUUAUUAACAGAUGACUUGUAAAUUGUUUUGUCAUAUACGAUUAUUGUAAAAUAAAUAAAUCUGAUUAUAAAUAAUAAUGUCUUACGUCCAUUUUUUCUAUUUUUUAAAAUGAUAAACGCUUAAAAUUUUAAGUAGCACGAAUUGCGACGGAUUUAUAUAAAAUAAGUUAAAUUUGAAAUUAAAGGGAUGCUUUUAUUGUCGUAUUACUUAGAUGAAUUUAAUUCGCAAAUAUUUUCAUGUAUGUUUGUAGAUACAUCUGAGAAAUGUAUUGAUAAAACGAAUUUAUUAACUUUUAAUUGUAAUUUUAACCACAAAUUUAUUUGUAUGAUUCCUCGUUGUUUCGAAUAUUUCAAUAAAACUUCU